UUUCGUCCGUGGUGUGUUUUAGUCGGAUAUGUGAUGAUAUGAUGCGAAACUGAAGAAGAAACUCGCCGGAGCGGACUCAUUUGACUAAGAAGAACGUUUGUCGUUUGGUUUGAUAAUUAAAAACACGAUGGAUCAGGAGGAAAAAAUGGACUUUAAAGCCCUUAGGGCCAAAUUCCAGGAAGAAGAACUCCUCCUGAAGCAACCCAAGAUCAAACCUGCACUCCCAGAGAAACCGAAGGUCGUCCCUCCUCCCCAGACCCCCCCUCACUACCUCCCAGUAGGAGCACGCCCAUCCCUGCUCACUUCCAUUAACCAGACGCUGGAGGGGAAGACAUCGCUCACCCCCAGAGUGGUCUUCAAGGAUGAGAAGAAGGAGAGCAAGAAGCCUCUCAUUCAGACAAUUUCUAAAAAGAGUGAAGGGAAGAUGAAAAAAGGUAAAGACAAGUCAACAAAAGAAAGCAAAGAGAAGCUUGAUAAUGAUUCAACAGAUCAGAACCAGAAGAAAGAGAACACUAAAGAUAAGAAGUUCUCAUUGAUGCUCACUGCAUCAUCUAAGGAGAACACAGCAGAGCUCGUGCCGGCCACGCCUCCACCGAAAGCCCCAGCAACAAAAAAGGGCUUUCUGGGCUUCAAGAAGUCAACAAAAAGAAAUUCGGUUGAGGUCCUGGCUGAUCCGAUCUUAGACACCCCCAGCUCAGAUGUUCCAGGACAAGCUCCACUUAUCCCAGUACCUUCUGACUAUGGUGAUGCACCACGAGAGCCUGAAACCUCAGCACCAAAAGCCCUUUUACCAAACAUCCCUACUUUACCUGAUUCCAGUGCUGCAGUGGAAAUUACCCCGCCCUCCACUAUCCCUGCUUCUCCUGAGUUCACCCCAACCCCCGCCUUUGUUCCUGAGAUCCCAGCUCCUCAAGUUCCAGCCCCAGAGAAUGAAACCCCACUUGAGACAGAAACUACUGCCCUGCCCAUUUCUAGGCCGGUCAGCCAAAAUGAAAUCAUUCAAAGUCCACCCAGCACUGCCCCAACCCCUCCACCAAGAGGUGCCAUCUCUGAUCUUCCUCUGGUGGCCUCCACUCCCCCUCCAUCACCACAUGAGCCUGAGCCUGAGCCUGAGCCUGAGCUUGAGCCUGAGCCUGAGCCUGAGCCUGAGCCUGAGCCUGAGCCUGAGGCUGUGAACACAGAUGCAGUGGAGAAGCCCCAUUCUUCAGUCAUAGACCCUCCAACCAUCCCGUCGUCUCCUCAAGCUGUGCGUCCUAUUUCAGCCUUGUCCGCCCUGGAGAGGGCGGAGGACAUGAGCACAGGGAAAAGGACUUUAUGUGACCAGAGGAUCUUCAAUGCGUUGGAGAAGGCACGCAGGAAGAACACCAGUCCACCGACAAACCCCACAUCAUCCUACUCCCUAACUCCACCUCCAGAAGAGCUUCCCUCUCCUCAGAGUUCCACCUGCUCUCUGCCAGACCUCCCACCCAUUGAUUAUGAGGGUAGACGAGGGAAUGCCCUCCCGAAACCAGCACAAGUUAACGGCUUUGACCACCAGCAAGCCUCUUCAGUUUUGGAAGGUAUCACUGAGGAGGAGUCCAACCCUGUCCCUAAGUUGAUGGUGGUUCCACCUCCUCCACCCAGGAAGGUCCUGCGACGUCCUCUGAUUCCCCCUCCAGAGAAGCCAGACAGACCUUCCUCUGUUGACCUAAGUGGAUUCGUCCCUCGUCCUCUUCCUCCUCCUAUGGAAAAUAAUGAGAUCCCUGCUCCUCCUGAAUUCUCAGAGACCACGGAUGUCCCAGAUGCGCCAGACUGGCGGAAUGUGGAGUACACAGGGACAAAUACCCCAGAUGGACAGAACCUGCCAGAGUUUUACAGUAAUGGGAUAACUACUCCAGGAGCUGAGGUCCAUGCAGCACCCGCAUUUGGAGACCAAGAUACUCCAUCACCAGAAUCCUCUUUCUAUAUGUCCCAGGAAUCUCCAGCACAGACAGGGCUCCAAACUGAAGUCAACAGCGAUGUCUAUGAAAGCACAGAUAAUGUGUACGAAGACGUCUCCGCUUCUGCCAACAAAAAGAAAGGAAAGUCUGACGGUGGCAAGAAACGUAAAGGACCACCAAAGAAUCCUUAUGCUGAGACGCCACAGGAAACAAAUGAAGAGAAAAGCAAGACGGGCAGGUUUGGCAAGAGUGACAAGAAAGCUGCAGCCGAAGGGCCUGAUGAGAAAGAGCUGAAAAAGAAAGAGAAGCAGCGCCUGGAAAAGGAGAAGAAGGAGCUAAAGGAGAAACAAGAAAGGGAAAAGAAGGAGCAGAAAGAGAGGGAAAAGAGGGAGAACGAGAUGAAGAAGAAAUUCAACAUCACAGGGCAGGAGGACGCCAUGUAUCAGGCAAAAGUAACCGUAACAACCAAGGGACGUAAGAACGAUCUGCCUGUCAAGAGCGGCGACAUAAUCAGCAUCAUCCGAACAACCAACUGUCCCAAAGGGAAAUGGCUGGGCAGAGACAGCAGCAAUAACUAUGGGUAUGUUGCAGUGGAUCAUGUGGAGCUGGACAUCAAGGAGAUGUUGGAGUUGGGAAAGAAGGCCGCAAACACCCACAACAGCAUCGGCAGUGUAACUGAGGUGGAUGUUGGCAGCACGGGGAGCAGGGCCUCAAAUCACUAUCCACUAUCAGCAGAAAGCUUCUCAGAUGAUAGUGAAGAGUGGACUGGUGAUGAUGAUGAACCUCUCUCCCCUGCCAUUGAAACUAAAGAUCCACUGGCUCCAGCGGGCCACACCAGGACAUUCUCAAUGCCAAACAUGGGAAACAAAGACCUCAGUAUAAACCACCAGCACAGUCACAGUGACAUCAGCGCAGACGGCUCCCACAUCCAAGCAAGACAUGAAGCACUUCAGAAGUUGGCUACAUUUUUCCAUUCAACCAAACCUGUGGAGGCAGCUGCCAGCAGCACUGAACCAGAGACAAGUCCUGUCCUUGUGCAGGAAGAAGCAGUUCACUUGCCUGAAGCCAGUUCAACACAGGAAAUGGAUUUUGAUCAAUCUGAUGUGCCCAUUUUACCUCCUCCUGACCUGUACGCUUGACUGUGGAAUCAUCAUCACAACACAAGCAGAACAUAAGAAGCCAGGCAGAGGAAACAGGAUUUCGCUCUGGUGUUAUUCUUCAGACCGUGACCCGUGUCACUCAGCUAAUACUGUCACAGUAACUUCAUCUUCUUGACUAUGACCUUAUUUACCUGGUGACUGCAUUUAUAGAUUGGUACGGUGAUUUAGGAGCAAGAUAAGAGGAUUUCUGUAACCAUCUCAGAAACUACAAGUCUUUGUGUGCGUUUUCUGAAGCACUCAAAGUGAAACCAAGGAGGGACAUUUUGCCUGGUGGCUCUGAGCGACUUUGAACUGCUGAUCCCAGCUGAGGACAAUGGGAAAGGUACAUUUUAUUCACCUGUUUUUCAGGUUGAGACACAUUGGACAUGGUAACCAUUUUCAUUCAUGUUUCCAGUAAUCAGUCUUUCUUUGACCAGGUUGUUCCUUGAGGUCAACCACUAAUCCGCAGUCUGAAUAUCAGUGUCCGUGUCUGAAUAUGUAUCAUAAUUACUGUCCUGCAUGCGUGUUACCAGUUUACAGUGUUGGUAGCAAAUGGGUAAAUAGCAAUACAGCUGACAAACGUAAGAACAAAUAAUUCACAGGUUAAGCUUCGAUCAUCAGUAGUAAUUCAAGUGUCUUUGUGCAGCCAGCUGUACCCCACAAGAAAUGUGAUAUGUGAUUUCAUCCUCUGUCCUCUUCAUGUGUGUCUACAGAAAUCAUCAACAUUUACCUGAUAUUGGUCAGGUUUUCCCAAGUGUUUAUAUUACUGUGCUUUUUUGUACAUGAGCAUCUUUUUCUACUUUAUUUACCGUCAUUAUUUUGUUAAUGAUCAUUAUUGAUUACGGAACUGCUUGUGUAACUGCUCAUGUCAUGGUAUUUAAAUGCUGAGUUUUUAAUAUGUUUUGUUAGUAUGAUAAUUAUCGCUAAUGUAUUAAUGAUAAACAACAACAUGGAGAGUAAUCUAGAAAAUACAGCUAACGAUUUCUGCUAGUGCGAGCUGCUGUGUGUUGGUCACAGAUAAGGAUCAGAUGUCUGGCAGUUGUCACUUUUAUGUGCCUCAGGUAUUACAGAAAGAGAAGGUAGUGUGAUAAUCAACUGAGGUCAGUUUCAUGUUGUUGACAUCUAUGGGUGUGUGUGUGUGUGUGAGCGUGUGUGUGUGAAAUUGACAAAGCCUUUAGGACAAAAGCAUUUUCCUUUUAUAUGUUUGUUUAUUGUUUUUCAAUAAAUACUCAUUAAAGUGCAAAUCA